AUGGAAAAUAUCAACAAAAAUAUUAAAAAACGAUCGGAAAACCAAUCACAAAAGAAAAAGGCAAGCAAAACGGACUCUGAAAUGAAAGAGAAGAGGAGCAGUGGAGUGGAUGGGUCAUCCACGGAGGGUAAGAUAGCGUCGGGAACGCCUAUCUCGGUGGGGCUCCCAGAAGUCAGUCUGACGCUGGUCUCUGGGAGCCGAAGAGCAUCGGAUCGGCUGCGUUCCGGAUCCGCCGCGUCGUCGGAUGGCGCGGAGGCCAUGGAAGCGGAACAUCGCAGCGACAGCCGAAAACGCGGACGCUCAGGGGACGUGGAAACCGACACGUCCCAGGAGAUGAUGCCACCAAAGGUGGCAAGCAGCCGCCGAGGGAGGGCACGCAAACCGGCCUCGGCCUCGGUCUCGACCCCGUCAGGCUCCGCGUUCUCAAACGCGGAGUCAUACAGGAAUGUACGAGUGGACGGCGAGGCCGUAGCGGAGGAGGAGAUCGCGGAUCUCCUGCUCAAGGUUCGGGAGCCGGUGGGGGGAAAUGCCCCCCAGGCUCCCGUGUUUGUGCAGGAGAGGGCGAAAGCGGCGGUGGCCGUCAUCCACAAGGUGGCCACCAAGUCCGUGAACCUUAAGGGCUCGUUUGUGAGGGCCCUUAAGGACUCCUCCUCCGCUUUGUCGGAGGUCGUUGAGGGCCUGGUGGGCGAUGUGUCUCGCCUGCAGGUGGCCAACGAGAGGCUGACGGAGCGGGUGAACGAGCUGAGCGCUCAGUUCGCCCGCUUCCAGGCGAACCUCCCCGACCGGGAAGCCCCGUCCGCGUCCCAGCCUGCCCCUACCACCAACUCAGGGGCAUUUGACUCCCAACUGCGAGAAAUCCUCAUCGCAGUUGGGAAUAUGCUGGACGGACGCCUGGCUGGCCUGGAGGCGAGACUGCCCCCUGCGCCGGUUGUGCGCCCCCCGCUCGCUGGGAGGCCGCGUCUCCUACGCGGCGGAGGCGUCUGCCCCGACUCCAUCGGCUCCCCAAAAGCCGAGGAGGGGGGCCAAGGCACCGGCCCAGGCGCCGGCCAAGGCGCAGGCCAAAGUGCCGGCCAAGACGGGGCCUAA